AAUGCUGGCUGGGAAUUUGCCGUCAUCUCAGUAAAGCCCAGAAAUUCUCAGAACACAGCCCACUUUCACUCUCUCUCUCGCCCUCGUCUCUCUGGCGCUCUGUUUAUCUGUGGGGAAUCUAUCUGGAUGAAAAUGAAGGCCCACGGCAAGUACGGCGUAACGGCAACGGCUGCCAAUUCGGUCCUGUGCGAGGAUGUACGCAACUUCAGCACUCGCCGACGCAACAUUCUCUAUCUGAUGCAUCGGUAUCUGGUGGAGAACGGCUACUACAGCAGCGCGGAGGCCCUCAAGGGGGAGGGCCGGCUGUCGGAGGAGUACGAGCUGUGCGACAACAUCGACCUGGAUGCCAUGUAUCUGGAGUACGCGAGCUUCUUCAACAUGAAGUUCGGCAAGUAUCCGCGCAUCCUCAAGAAGAUGGGACCCAAGCUCAAGGUGGAGCUGUCCAAGAGCCAGAGCCAUACAGCGGCAGCCGGCAAGCAGGGCCAGCAUCCGGCGCCACAGCCACCACAGUCGAAGCUCCAACAGGAUGGGCAGCACUCGAUGGGCAAUUGGCAUGCCGUAAUGGGGGCUGCCACAGCUGCGGCUGCUGCCAGUUUGAAUAACGAUGCCACGCAGCAGCAGCAACAGCAGCAGCAGCAGCGGAAUGAGAAUGGAAAUGGCAAUCCCCCACAGUUGCACAUCAAGAAAAUGGCCACAGCCGAGUGCAGCAGCAGCACGGAGAUUCCGCUGCGCAUUAGCGACAUCGAGCAUGGACACUCGGGGGGAGACGACGCCCUGUUCGCCUCCCUCGACUGGCAGGUGCUGGCCGAGCUGGUGAAGACCUCCAUACUGCGGGAGGACAUCCGGCUGCGGUGGUCCGAUGUGUGCGGCAAUCAGCGGGCCAUUGAGCUGAUCAAGGAGGCCGUCCUGACGCCCAUCGAGUACCCGCAGCUGUUUGCCCACGGCCUGAGGCCGUGGCGCUCGCUGCUGCUGCACGGACCCCCCGGCAGCGGCAAGACCUUCCUGGCCAAGGCCCUCUAUGCCGAGACCCAGGGCCAGGUGACCUUCUUCAAUAUCACGGCCAGCAUCAUGGUGAGCAAGUGGCGCGGCGAGUCGGAGAAGAUACUCCGCGUGCUCUUCCACAUGGCCGCGCGGCGUGCCCCGUCGGUGAUAUUCUUCGAUGAGAUCGAGAGUCUCACGUCGAAGCGGGACAGGGCCACCGAUCACGAGUCCUCGAAGCGCUUCAAGAACGAGCUCCUGCAGCUGCUCGACGGCAUGGAGCACACCCUCAAGGGGGUCUUCGUGCUGGCCAGCACCAAUCUGCCCUGGGACAUCGACGAGGCCUUCCUGCGGCGCUUCGAGAAGAAGCUGCUCGUCCAGCUGCCCAACCAGGCCGAGCGCAGCUCCCUCAUCAGCCGCCUGCUCGGCUCCAGCAUCAGUCUGAGUGCCAGCCUGCUCGAGCGGCUCGUCCGGCUCUCCGACCAGUUCACCGGCGACGAGAUCCGUCUGGCCUGCAAGGAGAUCAGCAUGCAGCGGGUGCGCUGUGCCACGCGCGGCAUUCCCCCCGCCGACGGUGCCUCCAAGGAGUCGCAGGCCGCGCUGGAGGCCAGCGUCGAGCAGGCCUUCGGGCAGGUGCGACCCCUGGGCCAGAAGCUGCUGGCCAAGCACGAGCAAUGGCAGCAGGACAAUGGCUCCUGAUCGAAGCAAGGGCGAUCCGCUUAUAAUUUCUAUUUUGUUGCUGUUUAUAAAUAAAGU